CGCCGGCUGCUCCCCGCGUGCUCGGGACCGGGGCGACGCGGCGUCGCGGGGAGGUGGAGCAGCCCACGGAGAGCUGCAUCCCCGCAGCAGCAGCAGCAGCCGCCGCCGCUCCCGCAGCAGGCGCAGGCGGCAGCCGGAACGCGGCGGCUUCUUCGGCCAAGCGGCUCCGCAUCCUCCGUUGGCUGACGGCAUCGGAUACGGCAGCUGCAUCCCGUCGUGCCGGGGUAGGGGCAUCCCCCCCACCCCGGGUGGGGGGGUGCGGGGAUAUACACACACACACACCCCCCUCCCCAGCUAGCUUUUGGGGUUCAGGGUGGGGAGGGGGGAGCCGUCUGCUCGCAAAGGGGGUCGGCGGGGGACGUCGCGGCGGGGCCGGGAUUAGCCGAAGCGCGCGGGGCGGCCGGGGGGGCCCCUCGGCGGAGCGGAGAUGCUGCCCUGGCGCCGGAGCAAGUUCGUGCUGGUGGAAAAUGAACGUAAGUGCAAAGGCAAGAGCCUGGGGCCGGGGCUGAGCUACGCCGCGCUGCUGGCCGGCUUCCUGCGCUCCUGCCCGGACCUCCUGCCCGACUGCCCGCUCGAACGGCUGGGCAGCGUCUUCCGCGGCAAACGCCAGAAAGUGGAGCUGAACAAGGAGGACCCGACAUACACGGUGCGGUACCUGGGCAACGCCGUCACCCUGCACGCCAAGGGCGAGGGCUGCACCGAGGAGGCGGUGGGCAAGAUCUGGGCUAAAAGCGACGCCGGGGCCUGCGGGGCCAAGAUGAAGCUGACGUUGGGACCCCAAGGCAUCCGUAUGACCCCCUGCGAGAAGGGAGCCCGCCGGCCGGGCCACGCGUACCUCCUGCACCGCAUCACCUACUGCGCCGCCGAUCGCCGGCACCCCAAAGUCUUCGCCUGGGUUUACCGGCACCAGGUGAAGAACAAGGCGGUGGUGCUGCGCUGCCACGCCGUCCUGGUCUCCAAAGCCGACAAGGCGCGCGCCAUGGCCCUGCUCCUCUACCAGACCUCCGCCUCCGCCUUCAACGAAUUCAAGCGUCUCAAGAGGCAGAACGAUUUCCGCCACGUCCAGCAGCAGCUCCUGGGCGACGCCAUCGUCCCCUUGGUGCCUCUCCGCAGGCUGCUCAACACCAAGUGUCCCUACCGCCCGCCCGCGGAGAGGGCCCGCUGCGCCCCCCGCCUCAGCUCCAUCCUGGAGGAGGAGGAGGAAGAGGCCUUCGGCACCGGGGCACCCCGGGGAGACGGCGGCCCCGGUGAGCGCGCUGCCGUGCUGCGGCUGGCCAGGGAGAUGCGGGGGUGCAGCCUGCGCGGCCCCCGGCCCCCGGCGUGCUGAGCGGCGGCGGGUCACCCGAUCAGCCUGUUUUGGGGAUGAGGUGUCCUCCCUGCACCCCAAACCGAAGCCGGACCCUCCUCGGGGAUGAAUCCGGACGAGGCGAUGGGAAAAUCCCUGGGGGGGGGGGGGUGGGUUUGCACCUCGGGGACCCCCCCCGGCUCCUGCACAUGAACCCGCUCUCGUGCCUCCUCCUCUGCGGCCAUAAUAAAGUUAAUGUGUGUUUUCGGUGGUGUAA